GCGUAUUUUUUGCGCUCCGGUGAGCCGCAUCGUUCUGCAAUGGCCGAGCCCGGCGCUGAGGCGGCCGGCGGCAUGACAGCACCACCUCCACCUCCGCUGCCACAAAACUCUGACACGCCCGUGGGCGACGCGACGACCACUCCACCAUUGCUAACAGACACGGCCGACCCAGUCACGCCGGCUUCAACACCCACUCCGCCGCCGCACCAAACAGCCGCGGCGGAGACGGCAGGCCAGCCUGAACCCCAUCAGCCACCAAUACAAACUGAAGCAUCAGGCGCUACUAGCCCCCAGACACAGCGGCAAACUAGAAUAGGAGAGGUGGCUGGCACGCCUCAACUAACACCUCCACCUCCACCUACACCUACACAAAAAUCGGACACGGCCGUCGACGACGUGACAACCCCUACACCAUUGCAAACAGAAACGGCUGACCCAGACACGCCGGGUUCAACACCCACUCCGCCGCCACAAAACCAAACAGCGGCGGCCGAAGCAUCAGGCGCUGCCAGCCCGCCGACACAGCGGCAAACUGGAACAGGAGAGGUGGCUGGCUCGUCUCUGCUAACACAGACACUGUCGCAGGAGAAGACGGUGGCGGCCGGUGCGGAGAACCACCUCCCUGCACCGCCGCCGCCGACGCAGGAGCAAGGCGACAGUGCCAAAGACGGGAACGAGUCGAAGGACUCUGCCAUGGAAAAUCCGCGCCAAGCAGAGGAGGAGAAGUCGGGCCCAAGUCGCUGGCGCCGCGUCCGGUCGCCCGUGCUGUUGCUUCUCUCCCUCUUCCGCCUGCGCCAUGGAAAUCAGGACCAGCAGAACAAGCAGCCGACGAUAACUCCUCCGCCGACGGAGGACGACAGUGCCGGCGACGUUCCUCACAAACCGGCGACAGAGAAGGAGGAAGGCGAAGGGAGCAAGCGCCGUCGCCAUGAAGAAGAGGCGUCAGUGUCGGCGUCGGGCCGGAAGGAGGCGCCGCCCAGGGAACCGCACCAAACCAAGCGCCGCAAGAGCCUGCAGCGCACGGAGAGGGUCCUGCCCCCAGAAGGUGUCGUCGGAAGUCAAGCUGACGCCAACCCCUCUCCGAUGAAAAGAAAGUUUCAAAAUGCGUGCAGGCUCGUGAAGAACACCAUGUCGUGGUACCGCCGGCACCGCGACCCGGAGAACGUUGAGGACCCCGACGAAGAGGCGGCGGUGGAGAAGGAGAAGUUGGCAGAGGCCAAGCCAUCGACAUCACCGCCGGAGGAGGCGGAGACAAAGUCGAAGCAGGAGGACCAAAUGGAUCACAGCACGAAGCAGCCGUCGCCGCCAGCGCAGGAGGGACAGUCGUCCCCGAUUCCGAAGAAGAUGCCGCAAUGGGCGGAGGAGGGUCUCGAGUUGACCCUCGAGGAGUCGUGCAUGAUGCUGCUCGAGUCGGAGUUCGGGAACCGCCUCAACGACAUGCAGCAGCAGUGCCUCCUCACCUUGUCCGUCUUCCCGGUCGGCUCCAAGGUGAAGAAUCAUGCCGUGACAUACUGGUGGUCCACGCUGUUCAAACUUCCGCCGGAGAAGGGCGUCGAGAAGGCAGACGAAAUCUUCUCGAUGCUCUCCGGCGGCGGCUUCCUCGAGCCGAUAAAGAAUCCCUGCAGCGAGGUGAUCCACGGCUGCCGGGUGAACCCGCUGGUGCACUGGAUGGUGAAGCGCAUGUCGAGGGAGAAGGGCUUGGCUGACCUGGAUAACUGCGGUAACCCGGCCGAUGUUCAGCCCAAAUCCAAAGUGCUCUGCCUCACGCGGGGCAACCGUGACCAGAUGCAGAAGCUGCGUGACGACGAUGACCCACAGGCCCGGAUCAGGCCCAGUCCAACAAAGGCGCCUCCUCAAGGCAAAGUCGAAGCUGGAGCCCCACGCGAGGAUCAACAAGAUAAAACCAAACACGAAGCUGAGGAUCUCCAGGCUACAAUACUAUUAUUUAGGUAUCGAAGGAAGAAAGUAAUCCUCAACAUCAGCGCGCACGUGUACCGGCUCCCCAAGCCCCUUCUCAUCAAGCUGGCCGACCAGCUAGAGGUGCUGCAGCUCGGCCGGUGGGGGAAUUACGACGACGAGACAUACAUGGAGGUGGGGGCUCUGGAGUCUCUAAGCUCCAUCGGAAAGCUCAAGAACCUCCGGUACCUCAGCCUGCGCGGGCUGUCCCGGCUGACGGACCUCCCGUCGGAGCUCCGGCAGCUGCGGCGGCUGGCCAUCCUGGACGCGCGCGGGUGCCAGAACCUGGUAAGCGUGCCGUCGGCGACCGUGCAGAAACUCAAGGGACUAACCCACCUGGACCUCACCGAGUGCUUCAUGCUGGAGCACAUCGGGCGUGGGGUGAGCGCCCUGUCUGAGCUGCGGGUGUUCAAGGGCUUCGUGUUCGGCGUCGGGAAGCGGCGGCGCGACGCGUGCAGGCUGCAACACCUCGCGAAGCUAAAGAAGCUCCGGAAGCUCAACAUCAACGUCACCACCGACGCCAACGUGGAGAAAGACGAGAUGGCGCAGCUUGGGAAGCUCGCCAGCCUCGAAUCGCUGACGGUGACGUGGGGUGAGUGGCCGAGCGUACUGCUCGACGAUUGCAAGAAAGAUCAGAUGGAUGAACUCCGCAAGAGGUGGACCAGCCUCAGGCUACCGCCGGGGCUCGAGAAGCUGGACGUACGGUGCUACCCCGACCCCGAGCUGCCGGUGAAGAGGUGGCUCCAUGUCAAUGGUCGUACGAAUCUCAAGAAGCUCUACGUCAGAGGCGGGGAGGUGGAAGAACUCGACAUUCCCAUCGAUAACAAUAUCGAGACCCUGCGACUGAGGUACCUCAACAAGUUCAGGAUGAAUUGGACGACUGAACUGCUCCCUAAGUUGAAUGGGAAUUUGAAGCGCAUUAAGCGUGUGGAGGUUGUGGAUAAGGACCUAAAGGUGAUGAGGAAUCAAACCAAGGGCAAGGGUGAGGACAAGUUGAAGAAUGAGAACGAGAAGAAGAAGGUGAACGAAGAAGUAGAACGAGAUCUCGUUCUAGAUAAGGAUCUAUCUCGAAAAAUUAAGAGGCGGAUGAAGAUACCAGAGUCCACCAUCGAUGAGAAUGGGGUGUGGGUGAAGGAUCCCAAGGAAGAAGAUGCUGCUGCUGACACGACGCCACAGGAUGAUCCCCGAAAAGCAGAAGCUGCUGCUCAUACGACGCCACAGGAUGGUCCCCGAAAACAAGAAGCUGCUGCUGAGACGACGCCACAGGAUGAUCCCCGAGUACCACAAGCUGCUGCUGAUAAUACGGCGCCAAAGGAUGAUCCCCGAGAAUAUGCAGCUGCUGACGGUACGGCGCCAAAGGAUGGUCCCCGAAAAGAAGAAGCUGCUCCAGGAGCUGCAGCCAAGGCCGAAAAUGGCGAUGACGGCAAAGUUCAAACAGAAGUCAAAGGGAAACAAAGCAGCCUGAUCAAAGGCCCCCGAGGAGAAAAUGAGCAAGCUGCACAGGAAGAUAGAGGAGAUACUAGUGAAAAGAAGAAAGUUGACGGUGGAGAUGGUGUUAAGGAAGAGAAAGACAACAUAAGGACGGUCAAAGAUAAAGAACACGGUAUCAUUAAGAGGGACGCAGAAGAACAUGAGCCUACUGUAGUUGAGAACAGGAUGCAGGAGAGGGGUGAGAAGGAACUGAAAGAGGGCGUGGAGAAGAGAGCGUCGCCCACACUUGACGUGGCCCAGACUGCGGCUCCAUGGAGCGGCGGAAAGAUCAAAGAUACCGUCAUCGAUAAUUUCACACACAAAAUAAGUGAAGUCAAAGAAGAGCCCGAUGACAGAGUGAGAGGUGCUAAAGGACAAGACGAGCCACCUACCAAGGAAGACAAGGGAGACGCCGGCGAGAUCAGAAAGUUUGAUGGCGGCGAUGCUGAUGAACCGCAAGCAGUAGUGCUUGCUUCCGCGGAAGGUGAAGACGAAGGACAUAAAGGGGAUAGCAAAGUGUUCGACAUGGUCGAAGAGCAACCCACUGUCGGGCAAGACGGAGGCGGCGGCGUUACAAGCGCAGCCGAUGUGACGAGCUCGCUGGCGCCACAACCGCCCGAACCUGAGGACGAAGAGAACCCUGCAAAAUUAAUCGCACCUGCAAAAAUAACUGCUCGUACGGUGACUCCCCCAGCAUUCCCGCCUGCAGCUACCAGCGUUGCUCCGGCCGCCGCCGUCCAAGCUGCCGCGGAGCCCAAGGAACAUGGGAUUACUGGCCACGGCGACGGAUCCACUUCCACAGGCACCGCCGGUACAGAAUAGCAUAUAGCAGAACCAGUGCAUCUGCAUCUGCAUCUGCAUAAGGUGCAAUUUGUUCGGUUGUUGGAUAGGGGAUGGUGAGCUAUUCUGAAGGACACCUUUGGGUUCAACCAUUCGGUCGCGAGGGAAGUUGACACGUGGAAACACAGGCUAUCCUUGUUGCCGAUGAUGUACUUACUAAUUACUACUACAUGGGUUCAGCCAUUAGUACGUGAGAGUUUCGUUUCUUAUAUUUUAUAACAGAGAAAGUAAACAUGUGUAAUCUCAGAUUUCUUACGCAUGCAUUUUAAUUGUGUAAAUACACCUACAAACCAAUAAGAUGUGGCUUCCUUUGCUAAAUCUGUGGCCAGCUAGAGUUUUUUCUUCGUUAUCCUAUUCUCUGCAACAACAGUAC